GAGGUCAAAAGUAUAAGCAGUUGUGAAAUCCAAACCAUUUUUUUCUUUAUUUCAGGGAACACGCCCGAGGGAACGACCGAACAACGGCACUGCAUGCAGGAAUAUCUAUCAGUCUUUUCCUCAAUAAAUUUCCCCCCACAGUUAUGCCAACUAAAAAAAAGUACAUUGGACGGCUGCUUUCAAAGGAGCACGUUUUGCUGCAGAAUGUCCAACUCCCCAAAGUUUUCCUUGCACAGCAGCAGCAGGGCUCAUGCAUCAACCCCUCAGGUCGGUCUGCACCGCUCUGAGCCCCGUCAGACAACCGGCCAGCAGAUGGCAAACUCUCAGAUUAAAGAGGGCAAGGACAUCCUUUUCCCCCAACAAGGGAGCAACCAUUUCAGCUUGAGGACUACAGCUCUGAGCAGGAGGCACAGCGCUGACGGGACCAUCAGCUCAGGACUGGGACCAGAACGAGCCGCUGCCGACCGUUUCCACCCGUACUGUCGGCAGUUCAGCGACGGAGCCGUGGACGCCCCAGGGUGCCUUCACCAGAGCACCUCCUCCUUCAGCAGCCUGCAGGAAGUGAACAGUCCUGGCUCGUGCGGCUGUGACGUACCGACAGCCUGGGGCGAAUACGAUGGCAGCGUUCAGAGACUAUACCCGGAGCUGCCGGUGGCAUCGGUGGAACCUUACAGUUCUCUGUCUCAAAGUUAUGCAUCCUACAGCUCAGUGAGCCCAACACAGCAGGUGUCAGCUAAACUGUAUCCUGAUGCUGAUCAGCCAGACAGCUCGAAAUAUCCCCUCCAGAGUCUCUCCAUUCAGCCCCAUCAGGAGGGCCUCUUCCCCAAGCCCAUUUACUCCUACAGCAUCUUGAUUUUUAUGGCUUUGAAGAACAGCAAAACGGGAAGCCUGCCAGUCAGUGAGAUCUACAGCUUCAUGACCGAACAUUUCCCAUAUUUCAAGACCGCCCCUGACGGUUGGAAAAACUCGGUGAGGCACAACCUUUCCUUGAACAAGUGCUUUGAGAAGGUGGAGAACAAAAACGGCAACAGCUCUCGCAAAGGCUGCCUCUGGGCUCUAAAUCCGGCCAAGGUGGAGAAGAUGCAGGAGGAGCUGCACAAGUGGCGACGCAAAGACCCCCAGACUAUCCGCAGGAGCAUGGCGAAGCCGGAAGAUUUUGAUCGCCUGCUGGGAGAGAAGCCAGAAAAGCUAAGAUCUCUGCCGCCUUACCCGAACCCAAGCCCGUCCGCAUUAAAAAGAGCGGCCCCCAUGCGCAGCCCCGCCCCAUCCCCUCUGCACCCUGCCCCGCCUCCACCGGCCUGCCGCCCCAUUCGACAGUCAGAGUACGGCCACAUUCAGCCUCACCAGCCCUACUACCUUCCCCACGCCACUCUUCAGCCCAGCAGCUCCUUUGCGCUGUACUCCCCCUGCGGGCAGCAGCCUGCAGCUGGCCUCCCGUCACCCUCCGGGUGCCUGAGCUCACCCGCAGCCGGGAAGAUGGCACCCGUGUACAGCGUGGGACUGCCGGGGGAGUACGACGUCGGCCCGAGGGGUAUGCACGAGCUACUUCAGGAUGGAGACACCAGCUAUGACAUAGACACGCUCAACCCCAGUCUGACGGAUCUCCAGCUGCAAGGUAACUUGUGGGAGGAGCUGAGGGAGGACGGCCUGCUCUCAGAUGCACAUUGUCCCGCCUCCUUUCCCCUGCAGGACUACCACCUACAGACCAGCUGCCCUCAGGCCCCGCUUGCAUUCAGUCCCGCCGGACUUUGCUGUAAGGCGGCAUAUGAGGACGAGGACGCAGACAGAAGCUGCUGGAAUGGAUUGCAUCCCGUUGGAUAUUCAGGGUUGGAGAGUUUGACCGGAUAUCUGACUUCCUGUACCACUUCUGUCUCCUUGAUGUAAACAUUUUGGCUCUCCGCCUUCUCCGAGAACCCAUGAACUUGUAGUGGACCUUAACGAGGAUCAUCUGUGCCAGCAGCUUUUGCCAACCUCUUAUUCUGAUAAACAUUUCUCCUUCGGAUCACAUUUUGUUCUUGUGAACUUAAUCGGCUAACACAUCAUUAAGUUGAAAUGACUGCAACAUUUCUCCAUUGAAUGUGUCUUUUAGAUUAAUUUGCCAAGUUCUUUAUUUAUUUACCUUGAGCAGAACGUGUUAUGAUGUUAUAGUGUGUCAGUUGCUAUAGUCUCACUUCUUUAGUUGGCAUUGAUCAGCUUUAAAUGCCCCACUGAAAUCCCUUAUUUCGAUUA